GAAUAUAUGAAUGUCAAGAAAAUUUGCUUAUCAUUCAUAAUAAAUUUAUAAUUAAUAUAAAAAAAUGGGUGCUAUAAAUGUCCCGUAAGUUCCAAUUUAUUUUAAGAAAUAUUGUACUACUCGAUCUUCAAUUAGCAACAAUGAUACUUGAGAAGUCUGUUGAACCUCUGACGAGCAUCAGAUCUACAGGAAGUCGCUUAGAUGUUGAAGACCAUGAAGUGGAUUUACAGGGAAUUGCUUCUCAUCCAAUUUCAAUUGGAGCUGUGGGGCAUACUCUUAAUGAGUCACAGAAGCAAAUUAUCUUGAGAAGAUUAAAUUUUGAAGGUUUAUUAUCUAUGGAUGAUCUUCCCAUUGGUGCAACGUUCAUGAUCGAGAAAAUUGAAAAUCUUAAAAUUGGAGAAUCCCUUGAAAUUCUUAAUCAGGCCCUUAGAGAUCACAAUGAUGAUGUGAAUAUUCCCACUCAAGAUUUAGAUUUGAUUCAAGCUUUGGUUGACCAAGAAUUCCAAUCUCAGCAAGUCACAGAUUUUACUCCAUCUGUGCAUGGCUCUGAAAAGUCAGGAGAUGAAAAACAGAUUAAAAAAGAUUCAUCUACCAAUUCUGUAUCCUUUAUUGAUUUGGAAUUUGAAAAUUAUUAUCACAUAAUUGAUUGGGAUUUGCAAGUUAGAUUAGAGGCGGCUUUGAUAGCAUACCAUUCUCCAUAUCCUGAAGUAAGGGCUGUAACCGAUCCUUAUGACGAUCCUUCCUUACCUGUUGAAACUGUUAGAGUUUAUAUACUUGGUAUUGUUUGGACUGCCAUUGGGGCAUUUAUUAACCAGUUCUUUGCUGAAAGACAACCAUCUAUUUCAUUAUCUAGUGCUGUUGUACAAUUAUUCCUUUACCCUUCCGGUAUUUUAUUAUCAAAAAUAUUACCAAACAAAUCAUUCAAAGUUUGGAAAUAUACCUUUGAUUUGAAUCCUGGCCCUUAUAAUCAUAAAGAACAGAUUUUAGCUACAAUAUUCUAUUCUGUGUCCGCCGGUACUAGUUAUGUUUCUUAUAAUAUUCAUGUUCAAAAAAUGGAAAGGUUCUAUAAUAAUCAAUGGGCUGAUUUUGGUUAUCAAACAUUAUUGAUUCUUUCAACCAACUUCUUGGGAUUUGGGUUUGCUGGAAUUAUGAGAAAAUUUGCAAUUUAUCCAAUUAGAUCAAUUUGGCCAACAAUCUUACCCACUUUGGCAUUGAACAAAGCUUUGAUGCAGCCCGAGAGAAAAGAGAAUAUUAAUGGUUGGACCAUAUCCAGGUACGCUUUCUUUUUUAGUGUGUUUGCCUUUUCAUUUUUGUAUAACUGGAUUCCAACUUACCUAUUUAAUGCGUUAUCCUAUUUUAAUUGGAUUACUUGGAUCAGUCCUGACAACUUUAACUUAGUUGCUAUAACUGGAAGUCUUUAUGGUUUAGGUCUUAAUCCUAUUCCGACAUUCGAUUGGAAUAUUUUAAAUUUUAAUGCUGCUUUGAUUUUUCCAUUUUACUCUCAACUUAACCAAUACAUUGGUUCCGUCAUUGCCUUUUUUACAAUAAUUGGUAUUUUUUGGUCGAAUAAUAAUUGGUCUUCAUAUAUUCCUAUAAAUACAUCUUCCCUCUAUGAUCAAGAAGGUUUUGUUUAUGAUGUCAAAUCUAUUGUUAAUGAAAGAAGUUUAUUCGAUCAACAAAAAUAUGAAGUAGUUGGGCCACCUUACUAUUCUGCCGCAAAUUUAGUUGUUUAUGGAUCAUUCUUUGCGAUUUAUCCAUUUGCUAUCGUGUAUGAAGUCUUUAUGAACUACCAGUCUAUGUGGAAAGCAUUAAAAGGCUUGGGGAAGUCUUUAAAAAACUUCAGAAGGUCAACUUAUGAAGGUUUUGAUGAUCCUCAUACUACCAUGAUGAGACGUUACAAAGAAGUACCAGAUUGGGUUUUCUUAAUUGUUUUAGUAGUUUCAAUAGUUUUGGCUAUAUUAUGUGUUAAAUUAUAUCCUGCAGAAACUCCUGUGUGGGGAAUAUUCUUUGCUGUUGCUAUUAACUUUUGCUUUUUAAUUCCAUUAACUGCAAUCUAUUCCACUACAGGUUUCCAGUUUGGACUAAAUGUCUUGGUUGAAUUAAUUGUAGGUUAUGCUCUUCCUGGAAAUGGAUUAGCAUUGAAUUUCAUCAAAGCGUUUGGUUACAAUAUCAAUGGUCAAGCUCAAAACUACAUUUCUGAUCAAAAAAUGGGCCAUUAUCUUAAAAUUCCUCCAAGAUCUAUGUUUCGGUGUCAAAUGCUUUCAGUUUUUAUUACUUCAUUUAUUGGAUUAGCUGUAAUGAAUUUCCAAAUCAAUAAUAUUGAAGGAUAUUGUGAUCCUCUAAAUAAACAAAAGUUUAGAUGUCCAAAUUCAACUGUGUUUUACAAUGCUUCUAUUUUAUGGGGUGUUAUUGGACCAAAGAAGGUGUUCGGAGGAAUUUAUCCAAUUUUAGAAAAAUGCUUCUUGAUUGGUUUCUUACUUUCCUUCCCAUGUAUACUUUUCAAGAAAUAUGGCCCUAAAAAAUUCACCAAGUAUUUCCAACCUACUUUAAUAAUCGGAGGAAUGCUUAUUUAUGCUCCUUAUAAUUUAUCAUAUUAUACUGGGGGUCUUUACUUAUCUAUUGCUUUUAUGUGGUAUUUAAAGAAGUAUUAUUUGACUUGGUGGGAGAAAUAUAACUUUGUUUUAUCGGGUGCGAUGGAUGCCGGUGUUGCUUUUAGUGCUAUUAUUAUUUUCUUUGCUGUACAGUAUAAUGAUAAGAGUAUCUCUUGGUGGGGAAAUGAUGUUCCAUUCCAAGGUAUUGAAGGUGGUGCUGGUAGGAGAACGAUUUUAAAUGCUACAGUUGAUGCUCCUGAUGGAUAUUUCGGUCUUAGAAAGGGACAUUAUCCAUAAGUUAAAUCUUUGCUUUUCAAUAUAAAUAUACUACAUUAUAAUCAAUAUAUGUAAGUGUAAUAAAAUUGAGCUGUUACCAUUGACCAUAUUCUAAUAUUUUGAACCCAAACG